AUGAAACGCCCACCCGUCGCCGCUGGAGACAUCAAUAUGAACAAGAAGCCCAAACGAGAAGAAGAAGAAGAAGAAAUGUCUAAAGAAGCUGAGGCCGUACUAUUAGACGACAACCUGUUGUACGAGGUGCUGAAACAUGUCGACGACGGGCGUACGUUAGCCUCAGCUGCCUGCGUUAGCAGGCAGUGGAAGCGGACGGCGCAAGACGAGCAGCUGUGGGAGUUGAUCUGCACCAAGCACUACAACCGCACUCCUCUACAGCUCCGAGUCGUCGUUCUGGCUCUUGGCGGCUUCCGCCGGCUCUACUCCAGACACCUCUGGCCACUUCUCAAGCCGUCUUCUUCGUCUACCUCUUCUCCUCCGGCUGUUUCUGCUUGGCCUUGCCUUCCUCCGGCUCUGGCGGCGGCGCCACGGUCGAAGGCUCGAUGGGGAAAGGAUGAGGUGAAUCUUUCACUGUCCUUACUGUCGAUUAAGUAUUUCGAGAAAAUGAGUUUUAAUCGAGGAAAAUAA